AAAAUACAUGCAUAAAGCAAAAAGGCUCCUUAAUACUAGAAAAAUAAGGCAGAAAUAAGGUGAUAUGUAUGUUACUUUUAAAUUUGUUGUAUGGUAUGCAUUUUAAAUGGUAGUAUCUUGCAAUAGUCGCAUUUCUUCGGCCUGGAAAUGCUCUACUUUUACUGCAUAUACCUGUAUAAAAGAUAACAUUAGCAACAAGAAUGAGACAUAAUUUUUUUUUUUUUCUUUUUUCUAAUGAAACUAUUCAUAAGCAUGAAGGUUCAAACUAAUUUCUUCCUAGUCCUACUAUUAUUGCUCUUUUUUAUGCUUGGAAACUCCAUUGGUUAUCCUGAGAUCUAUAAUGCUGUUCGAGCUGAUUAUGGGAUCGAUAUACUCAAUCGAAGCAGUUUUUCUGCAGGUUUUCUUUUUGGGACAGCUUCAUCAUCAUAUCAGUAUGAAGGUGCAGCUCAUGAAGAUGGUAGAGGUUCAAGUAUAUGGGACACUUAUACUCAAAAAUAUCCAGAUAAGAUUAAAGAUCGAAGUAAUGGUGAUGUGGCAAUAGACUCAUACCAUCGGUAUAAGGAGGAUGUGAAGCUCAUGAAGAAAAUGGGAUUAGAUGCCUACAGAUUUUCAAUAUCUUGGUCACGGAUAUUACCAUAUGGGAAACUACACAAAGGCGUGAACCGGAAAGGAUUAGCAUACUAUCACAACCUUAUAGAUGAACUAAUAGUGAAUGGUAUAAAACCCUUUGUGACUCUCUUUCAUUGGGAUCUCCCGCAAGCAUUGGAAGAUGAGUAUGGUGGUUUCCUAAGUCCUUACAUUGUGGAUGAUUUUAGGGAUUAUGCAAAUAUUUGCUUCAAAGAAUUUGGUGAUAAAGUGAAACAUUGGAUCACAUUGAAUGAACCCUGGUCCUAUAGUUACGGUGGAUAUGCUAGUGGGAGAUUGACUCCUGGUCGGUGUUCAAAGUGGCAGCAGCUUAACUGUACUGGCGGAGAUUCAGCCACUGAGCCAUACUUGGUUUCUCACCACCAGCUUCUUGCUCAUGCCGCAGCAGUUGACUUGUACAGGCGUAAAUAUAAGGCAUCUCAGCAGGGCAUAAUUGGGAUCAGUCUAGUGACGAAUUGGUUUGUUCCACUCUCAAAAAUACAGCACCAUAAGUUUGCAGCUAUGAGAGCGCUUGACUUCAUGCUUGGAUGGUUUAUGGAUCCAAUAACCAAAGGUGAAUAUCCACAUUCCAUGCGCUCCCUUGUAAGAGGCCGAUUGCCUGAAUUUUCUGCAGAGCAGUCAAGGAUGUUGAAUGGAUCAUAUGAUUUUCUAGGCUUAAAUUAUUACAGUGCUCGUUAUGCAGCUUAUUCUCCUGGUUUGAAGCAUGCAAAACUCAGUUACACAACUGAUGCUAAUGUCAGACAAACAGUUGAGCGAAAGGGAAUCCCAAUUGGUCCAAAGGCGGCUUCAGAUUGGCUGUAUGUUUAUCCACAAGGAAUUCGAUAUCUUUUAGUCCAUAUAAAGAGAAGAUACAACAACCCUUUGAUCUAUAUAACAGAAAAUGGUGUUGACGAGGUUAACAAUGGCACAUUGUCACUCAAGGCAGCACUUAGAGAUGAAAUGAGGGUCCGAUACUACCAUGAUCAUCUAGCUUUCUUACACCGUGCAAUCAAGGAAGGUGUAAAUGUGAAGGGCUAUUUUGCAUGGUCAUUGUUGGAUAAUUUUGAAUGGAGUUCUGGCUAUACUGUUCGAUUUGGGAUCAACUAUGUUGACUACAAAGAUGGAUUGAAAAGAUACCCUAAACUUUCUGCUUUCUGGUUUAAGAAGUUCCUGCGAAACAAGAAAUAAUAUUCUACUCUUUCAAAGCUAGUUAAAUAAACUCUCAAGUCAUCCUCCUGAAUCCUGAUAUUUUUAUAUAUGCUACAUGAUUAUGAUUUCUAUGUGAUCAUAACAAUGCAAGUAUAUUUGGAGACUAAAGUGUAUCAUAUUUGCUCCUAUUAUAUAUCAUUGUAUGUUAUAUUGAAUUCCAUAUCAUAUUCUAGAUUUGUAUACAACGACGCUAAUAUGAUUUGAGCUUGUUA